AUGGAACUCGAGCGUAACGAUUUUCACCAUCCUUAUUCGCCUUAUGACAUCCAACUGCAGUUGAUGCGGGCGCUUUACUCUUGUCUCGAACAAGGAAAAGUUGCUGUUUUUGAGUCCCCUACUGGCGAUGAUGACGAACCUGAAUGGAUGCUGGAUUUUGCCAGGCGUGAGUCGAGCCGGAAGUUGACCGAGAAAAGGAAGGAUCUUGAAGAGAGACUAGAAAGGACGAGAAAGGAAGAAGAACAGCAAAGGAUCGCGCUAGAUAACCCCGAAGGACCCCGGAAAAAGCAGAAAUACAGUACACCAUCAACUGAAACUGGUGGGCUAAGCGAAGAUCACUUUGCGCUGGAUGACUACGACAGCGAGAAUGAAGAGCAUAGCAAACAGCGGAGUGGACUGGCCCAUACUAGCGAACUAUCUUCUAGUACACUAGAAUUGUUGGAACGCUUCAAAGGACAGUUCUCGACCGCCAAGCCAGGGGGUGACGAUGAAGGCAAUGACGAAGUCAAGAUAUUCUAUUGCUCCCGGACACACUCCCAGUUAAGCCAAUUUGCUGGUGAACUGAGACGCGUCAAAAUGCCAUGGAGCAUACCAAAGGACUUGUUGAGUACUGACUUGACAGGAGAAGAAGAACUCGAGGAGCGUGUGAAACAUGUCACUCUUGGUUCUCGGAAGAACCUCUGCAUUAAUCCCCGUGUCAGUUCUUUGGAGAAUGCAACAGCGAUUAAUGAGCGCUGUUUAGAUCUACAACAGCCCAAUGUGAAUCCUCAGCAUAAAUGUCCAUUUCUGCCAUCCAAAGAAGAUGAAAGACAAAUUCUUCAAUUCCGGGACCAUGCAUUAUCAACAGUGAAGGACAUUGAGGACCUGGGAAAGCUUGGUAAGAAGAUUGGAAUAUGCCCUUAUUAUGCAUCCCGCUCUGUUGUUAAGAAUAGUGAGAUCGUGACACUACCAUAUCCCUUGCUGUUGCAACGCUCAGCGAGAGAGGCUCUCAAUCUAUCUGUCAAGGGGCAUGUCAUAAUAAUCGACGAAGCCCAUAAUUUGAUGGACGCAAUAUCCAACAUACACUCGGUAACGGUGACGCUUUCACAAUUGCAGACCUCUCUUUCUCAGUUGACUAUUUAUGCCCGCAAAUUCAAAACUCGCCUGAAGGGGAAAAACAGGAGCUAUGUUGCUCAGGUUAUCCGGCUCCUCAGUUCAAUCGCUGCUCAUCUUCGGUCACUCCUAGAGAGUGGAAAGGCACCGGAGGGCCCGGUUCUGGCAUCUGAACUCAUGUCUGGAAAGGGGGUUGAUCAGAUCAAUCCUUAUAAACUGAGUCGAUAUUUACAAGAAAGCAAAUUAGCAAGGAAAGUUGAUGGUUAUGUUGAGUUCACUAAAGAUCCCUCAAACAAGCAGGUGCCUGGAAAUCCUACGGUGCCUGUACUGUUUCACAUACAGGGAUUUCUUCUGUCUUUGAUGAACCCAUCUGCCGAAGGGCGAUUGUUCUACUUGAAGGAACAGGGAGAUAUCCAAUUGAAGUACAUGCUUUUAGACCCUACCAAUCAGUUUCGGGAGCUUGUGGAGGAUGCAAGAGCCGUCAUAUUGGCUGGCGGGACCAUGUCACCCAUGACAGACUACAUGAACCAUCUCUUCUCGUAUGUCCCAGCCAGUCGCUUAGACACGUUUAGCUACGGCCAUGUCAUACCACCUGAGAAUUUGAUCGCUCACACACUUGUACGGGGUGUUCAAGGCUCAGACUUUGACUUUACCUAUGAUGUCCGUGACUCUGAGAAAAUGAUCAUGGAUCUUGGAAGGACAAUAGCUACGCUCUGCCAUGUCAUCCCCGACGGCGUAGUGGCAUUCUUCCCCAGCUACGAUUAUCUUGGCCGGGUCCUGAGCAUCUGGAAGAAGCCAAUGCUAGGCGAGCAAGGCCAGACUGUGUAUGGCUUGAUUGAGCAAAAGAAGCCUAUACUGUCUGAGUCCCGGGAGAUGACAGUCACUACCGAGGAACUGCUCCAGACGUACGCGAAAACUGUUGAUUCUGGCAGAGGUGCGCUUCUCCUGUCUGUUGUGGGCGGCAAACUGUCGGAGGGCAUAAAUUUCUCCGACAAACUCGGACGGGCUGUGUUGAUUGUGGGACUGCCCUUUCCGAAUAUACGGAGUGCAGUUUGGCAAGCCAAGAUACAGUAUAUUGAGCAGAAAACACACCAGCAAGCUGCAGGCUCUGAGGCAAGUCGGCAAUCAGCAGCAAAAGCAGCAGGGAGGGACUUCUAUGAAAACUCCUGCAUGCGAGCAGUGAACCAAUGUAUUGGGCGAGCCAUCAGGCACCGUAACGACUAUGCGGCAAUUGUUCUCAUUGACAGACGUUAUGAUAAGCCCGGCAUCCAAGCGAAGCUACCGGCUUGGAUCAAACAGAGUAUGUAUACACGACCGCAUCCCCCCAUCGCCAACCCUCAGACCGGUCUUGUCGAGCUCAGCACCGUCGACAAGAUGCCUACCCGUUUCUCGAAGACAAGGAAAGCCCGCGGUCAUGUUUCGGCCGGUUACGGUCGAAUUGGCAAGCACCGUAAGCACCCCGGUGGUCGUGGUAUGGCCGGUGGUCAGCACCACCACCGCACCAACCUCGACAAGUACCACCCCGGUUACUUCGGUAAGGUCGGUAUGAGGUACUUCCACAAGACCCAGCAGCAGUUCUGGAAGCCCACUAUCAACCUUGACAAGCUGUGGUCUCUCGUCCCCGCCGAGAAGCGUGAUGCCUACCUGAGCGGCCAGAAGACCGACACCGCCCCCGUCAUCGACCUCCUUCCCCUCGGCUACUCCAAGGUUCUCGGCAAGGGCCGUCUCCCCGAGGUCCCCAUCGUCGUCCGCGCUCGCUACUUCAGCCGGGAUGCUGAGGAGAAGAUCAAGGCUGCCGGUGGUGUUGUUGAGCUCGUUGCUUAA